CCUGGAGAGAGCAGGGUGGAAGUGGUGGGGCAGUGCUGACCAUGGCCAGUGGGUACCAGCUUUGGGCACCCUGGUCCCCACUGGAUGAGUCCCUGCAGUGGCUGCGGGGUGCCGUGCCCAGACCCACCAGCACUAAACACCCUUUCCGAGGUGGGCACAGUCCAGCAACUACUACUGACCUGGAGGAGCAGCUGUGUUUUCAGGGGCUCAAUCUGGUGCUGGAGCCCAGUUUGAAGACCGGAGCCAGGCAACUGCCAGCCCCUGGGGUAGCUGGAGAGACCAAGGGGUGCAGUGGGCCUAUACACAAGCCCCAGGCUGUGAGACUUACAGGACUCGACUCUGUCUUUGGGCACCUUGUGACGGCACAGCCUCCCCACUGGACAGGCUCACUGAGGGUUUCAGAGCGCUCAGCUUUUUGUCAAGUCAUAAGCCCCCAGCAGCGCAGGCCCCAUGGAUUCAGGGAACCACAAGUGCGCAUGGCGAUGGCCAUGUGCCGCCAAAUGCUGCGUGCCAUUCUCCUGCUUUAUGCCACAUAUAAGAAGUGUGCCUUUGCUCUCCAACAUUCCCGCUAAAAAUCAAACUCGGACCCUUUCCAGACAAAGAAGUAACACCAUGUCUGUGACAUCAUUUCACUGGAUCCAUCAAUAUAUGUCUUACAUGUCAGUCUACUUCCUGGAAUAAUCGACUCUUCUUCACCAUUGACAAGCUAAAUGUCAUCUAUGAAGAUAAACCAUUUCCUUAUUAGCAUCCAAAGAAUGCCAUGUCACUUAGAUUAUUUGCAGAAAGAAGAAAUCUAUCAGGUUUUUGACCUUAAACAAGAGCUUGCACGUGAGUAUUUACAGAUGCUGAGUACCCAUACCCUUGCAUUAUCUGAUUCACAAAUGGAAGAAAUAGAAUAAUACAGACAAUUAAAAGAAAGCCUUUAUGACUACAUGGACCAACUGAAAUGAAUUUACACACAUCUUUAUUGAAAGACAGUCUUCAAAGCCAAAGACACUUGCACAUCAAUAAAAACAUAAUUUCCCCCCAAAAGCUGCCCACCUAUUCUUUUGAACAUGAACAGAUGGGACCUAUAUUAAGAGUGGCCAUAUUCUAAAAUUGUUGAAGGACAUGUAUUUACAAAAGCAAAGGGAGAGUACAUUUUGGACACUCAAGCUGGAUUCUGACCCUAAGGGAUGAGGCUGAAGAAAAAUGUAAAUUAAGCCAAUAAUUCCUUAAACCAACAAUGAAUAAAAGAUUACCACAAAAUUCAUCCAACAUGCAGGUUUGUAGACUGCAAAAUGGCAGAAGUUGAAUGAACUAUUAUUUAUUUCUAAUGCAUGAAAUGUAAGGCUUUCCUGGUCAAAUCUCUGUAUAUGACUCCAAGGUUAAAACACUGAAUACAAGAAAUUUUCUUUCUUCUGAAUCGAUUUACCAUGUCUGCAUUAAAAAAAAGAAUCAUUAUUUGUUUACUGAAAUGGAUUAACUCUUCAGUGAUGAGAUUAUAUGAAGUCCAGAUUCAAAGAAAUUAAUACCAGCUUUCUUACAGAAAAAAACUGAAAAGACAAGACUUCAAGUCAGGCAAUUCUCCAAUUUUUCUGUUGUCAGAUAACUAUCAAGAAGAUGAGAAAUGCAAGGUUGAAAGUCACACAUUCCCGAGACAUCUCUGUAGUUUUCUGAUAAGCAUCAACAGUUUGAAGACAAAAGAUCUGAAGCCACAGUCUCAAAUUUUGUAUAGUUUCUGGUCAUUAUCAAAAAGCUUGGAAAUGCAAUAUUUAAAGCCAUGCGGCCUGCAGAUCCAUUACUCAACAGUUUUGAUGAUCACAAAGAGAGAUCUGAGCACUGAAGUCUAAACCAGAUGACAUAACUCUAACAUCACAGAUCUGUAGUAUUUGCCUUAAAAAUUCCAAAUGAGUUAUUUUUUGAGGGGGGAGAGCUUUAACACUACAAGUGUUUAAAAAUGGAUCUACAGAAAUACAAUUACAUGACAACUCAAAAGAGAGUGGAAAAUACUGCUGAUUAAUUAACGUCUACCUUUGCCUACUUUUGUUCUAAAAAUCCACUUGCCAACUUUACAACGGACAGAUGUGGGCACGGCUGGGAUCAUCCUCAGUCAUCCUUCAACACCGUGAUGGCAAUUGUACAGCCUUCCAAAAGUUGUUGAAUAGCAACUCCCAGCAGUCUAAUAAUAUGUAAGGCCAUUCAAUUCCUACUCUGCUUUAACACCAUUGUAAACAUGAGUGUAUAACAUACUCUAUUGAUUCAAUGGUACUAAAGACUUAUUGAGUCUAUGUCUAUCUCUGUACUAACUAAUUAUGAAUAUAUUCUACCAAAUGCUAUCCAUUUCUCUGUUAAUGAAUGAAGAGUGGGAUCUCAGUUAUGUUUUUUUAAAGACAGAUGGCUGAAAUACCUGUAGUAAGAAGCAGAAAUGUAAAUGCAUUUCUUUGUUUCUUCCCUGGCUUUACUUUAAAAAAGAUUUUCACUCCCAAUAUGCUACACAGAGAUCUCUCUUUUUGCCAAUACACAGCAUGAACCCAACAAAUCUCUGAAGGAAAUGAACAGUAUUUCUUCCGCUUCAGCUGAAAAGAACAAGAUUCUGGAAGAUGUAUAUGUGAGUUUAUAAAAGACAGCUGUGGAGAAGAAGAUUUCUAUUCUACAGUAUAUCAAAAUUCUCUCUCAGUUAUAUUUCUGUUCAGUGAUGUGGAACUUUCCAGGUCACCGAUGAUACCUAAAAGGACUACCUUUUAAUAAAGCUGAAACCCAUCUAUCCAAAGUUGAAGACCACCAGUCAGAUUAAUGCGAAUGACUCUUUAAUCGCUAAACAACACGGUAUCAGGGCUUAUGAAUUAGUUUUGUGGAAUGUUAUUGCACUGCAGUUCCCAUCUGCCUUAGCUUGACAAAGCCUAUGGUGACAGACAGGAUUUGUAGUCCAUCAACAUUUGGAGGGCUGCAUGUUUCUCAACUCUGAAAA